UUGAUCAGUCUGCUCUGGAACUUCUGGUGAGAAAGUAGUGCUAAUUGAAGGGGGAGUGGAGUGUAAAUGCAAAAGUUUGCUCCUGCAGGGGACGUUUUUUUUCUUGUUAAUUAAUGAACUUUUUGCUCCUGUCGUUUAAAUUAGAUAGCAACACUCUUGGAUAAAUCUUAAAAUCGGAUUAUCUGUUUGAGGCAUUGUGUUCAUUAGAGCACUUUUCCCCCCUCCUCCUCCUCCUCCUCCUCUCCUGUGCGCAGUUUGAUCUUGACGUUCUAGCAGAAGACAAGACGUCUGAAGAUGUUCGGGAGUUUUUGCCUCUUGGUGACAUUUCUCUCGGGACUGUCCGGCUGCUUGGGCUCGUACGUGCCGUGCGAGCCGUGCGACGAAAAGGCGAUGUCCAUGUGUCCUCCGAUCCCGAGCGGCUGCCAGCUGGUCAAGGAGCCGGGCUGCGGCUGCUGCCUCACAUGCGCGCUGUCCGAGGGCCAAGCGUGCGGUGUGUACACGGGGACGUGCGCACAGGGCCUCCGCUGCCUGCCCAGGAGCGGGGAGGAGAAGCCCCUGCACGCCCUCCUCCACGGCAGGGGAGUGUGCACCAACGAGAAGGGCUACAAACCAGCGCACCCGCCAAUUGUUCGUGAGUCUCGAGAACAUGAGGACACCAUGGCCACAGAGAUUACAGAGGAGCUGCAGCCAGCUAAAGUUCCACUCCUUACCAAAGACAUUGUCAACAGUAAAAAAGUCCAUGCAAUGCGUAAGGAGCUUAAGAGGAAACUGGGAAAGCAACGCUCCAUGGGCUCCCAGAUGGACUACUCUCCUCUGCCCAUUGACAAACACGAACCUGAAUUUGGACCCUGCAGGAGAAAGCUUGAUGGGAUAAUUCAAGGAAUGAAGGACACUUCUCGAGUAAUGCCGCUGUCUUUGUAUCUUCCCAACUGUGACAGAAAAGGUUUCUUCAAACGCAAGCAGUGCAAGCCAUCCCGUGGCCGCAAACGGGGUAUCUGUUGGUGCGUGGACAAGUAUGGCGUUCAACUUCCUGGGACAGAUUACAGUGGCGGUGACAUUCAGUGUAAAGACCUGGAGAGCAGCAAUAACAACAAUGAGUAAAAUGGGAAAAAAUGGACCACAAUCAACCCCAACCACCCAACCCUAACUUCGACAUGACCCAGGGCCCACAUUUCCUCUCUGAAUCACACCUUUAAUCUCGCUUCACUUCAAGGUUUAUUCUUUUCAGGUUUUAAGAUAGCAAUUCAACAUGAAAAGACCAGGAUUGAGAAGAAAGACUGCACAUUUUUUGACCAAACACUCAUCUCCAAAUGAGGGGAAAGGUUAUAAGCAUGUCUUUCAACAGCAGCGCACAUGAGACCCUGUGUGCCAGCUGGGUACUCACAUACUCAUAAAAAUAUAUGCACAUGAUGGUUAUAUUUUUAUAACUGGGGCUUUUUGUGAAGCAGAUGUAUUCAUAUACAUUGAUGUUGUAAAAACAAAGCAGAAAUAAUUGCAUUCAGAACUAUUCACAAUUGAACUUUGAAUUGGCUGAGCUUUUGUAUUUGCAUUUUCCUGAAACACAUCUGAGACGGGGAUGUGCUGCACCAAUUUUUGGGUAUGUGGUUCUGUCCGAGCACUUAUAAACAGGGCAAUCUUCUUAGACGUGUAACUUCACAAAAUAAAGUGGGCUUGAAUGCGUGUAUGUUUACAGUGUGAAUGUGUGUAUUAGCCUGCUUUGGUGUAUAAUGGAGUGAGCGUAUUUCAAAAAAAAGAAUGUCAUUUUUUUUUCUCUCUUGUUUGAUUUUUGUCACAAGUACUGCUUGUAGCGCUUGAGGUGGUAUUGAGACUGUCCUUUUCUCUCGUGUAAAAUAUGUUUUUGGACGUGGAGCGUUUGGCAACAAAAGAGGAAUCAGAUCAUUACAGAUGGAUUUAUGUACGUGGCUCUUUGACAAUGUAGCUAGCCUGAUAUGCCAACUGUGCCUAUUUGUGCAAACACUGCCAUGCACGGUGACAGAGCCACGCGAGUGCUGACUUUACUGGUGAAAUAAAGCAACACUUUUCACCUACACUAUUGACUUCGACCUUUUGAGUUGAGUUGAGUGCAUAAUCGAACUUGCAAGGUCAGGCCGGUUGCUUCACAGAUUCAGUUGAGCGAGGUGUCGUUUUGUACGGUUUUGUUUGAGCUGUUUUAUUUGCCUUCAGUGAAGUACAGACAGCCUAUAUUUUUGAGCCAAGUUCCAUUUGAUCAAGUGGCUUCCACUCUGUACUUGGACUCCAGUGUAAUCUUGGUGUGUUUUAAUGUAGACAUUGAAUUGUAUUCUUUCCUAUAGAAGCAAAGUUUGAUGGCAAUAUAAAUGUGCUUGUAAAAACAGCUGGAAUGGAUUCAAAUAUGUUAUUGUGAAUGAUAUAGUGUGGUCAAACAAGCUGGAAUACCUGACAUCUACUCAGUUUCAACUUUAGGAGUGUUAUCAAAACAAACAGGUUAAUUUAAAUAGAAUUGCUUUUUGUCUUUGUAAAAGUCUCAGUGCCUUCCUAUAUGCAAAUACAGUGGAACCUUGGUUGGUGUCAUUAAAUUUGACACAAUUUUGAAACAUACCCUAACUAAAUAAAUUUUUCCCCAUAAGAAAUAAUGCAAAUCCAAUUAAUCUGUUUCAGACGCCCAAAAAUGCAGAAAACAAUUCAAAAUGCAUAUAAACUUUUAUCUUGAUUGUUGAAAAAUACAGUAAUAUGUUAUACGGCAAUAUAUAUCAUAUUUAGCAACAAGUUAUUUCUUGACUUCAAAACUGUUUGUCACCUUAUUUGGCCUCAUUGUGGGUUAUUUUUGAGCCAGGUUCAAAAAGAAAAGCGAAAACUGUGUCAGCAAAGAAAUACAAAGUCAACCGCUGAUGAUGUCAUUGACAGCCAACAGAGCUGGGGGGGAAAGUGAUCUCCGGUUUCAGCUAACAUGAUGCUAACAAUAAAAAAUUUUAUCAUAAAAAUGCUGUAAGUUACAAGUCAUGCAAGUCAUGUAACAUGGCUCACGGCAAUGGGGAAAUGUACAUAAACUGAGGUAAAAUUUUUGAUGUAAACCAAAAAAUACGCCACUGGGGCAUGCCCUAAUGCGAGGUUCCACUGUACACCUAAAUGUGAUGCAACAAUGACACAGGUCACAUCUUUUUUUUUUUGUCAGUCACAAGGACUGACACAUCCUGUAGCGCCAAUAAGGGUUAGUUCUUGGAAUAAUUGAAGUGGUUGGUGUCAAGGCUAUUCUGAAUGUGAACUGCAGUCUGUUGAACCUCCAUAUAUGCUCAUUGUUUCAUAACCGAUAAGCUAAGAUUCCUGUAAGCUCGUUUUUUGGUUUUUUUUUUUAAAUACCAAUGUAUAUUAUUGCCACACAAGGGACUCCAAAGUUUUUAUUUUUUUAUUUUAGGUAAAACAACAGUUCCCUCUGCUUCAACAAAGGAAACAGUUGCAAAUUCAAAAAGGCCUCCAGUUUUGUUGACAUUAUCAAGGCACUGCCCCACCCCAGCACCCAAUCCCUCUUUGCCACUUUCAAAAAAAAAGCAGCUUGCACUUAUUUCAAGUACUCACUAUUGAUAUUGAUAAAUGACAAUGACCUAAGAUGUAGUAACAUGAAGUCAGUAGAAGAAAAAAAAUCUUAAUGUUGUUUAAUGUUGUGCUUACCUUGUAAAGGUUACUUUGGGUGAUAUUUUGUUGACAGGGGCUCUGCAGCCCAUGCCUGGGACCUCCACUACAGAAACCUAGAACAGAGAUAAUACUUUCACAGAGAUGAGCGUUGGUGGUGGGGCUGGUAUUUUGAGAGGCAGUGACAUAGGAAGAGUGACCACCUUGUACAGUGGAAAUAUUCAGGGUCUAGCCACUUCCCCUACAUGGAGUCAGCGACUGCAUAUCAUUAUACACUUAGUAGGACAGUUAUCAGGAGUCAGUGAAAUCUGUGGAAUGACACACAGCAGCCAGGUUUGGCUCAAAUGCAUUUUGUUGACAAAGGAUUAAGCGGCAUAGAAAAUACCUGAUGAAUUGUGUUGAUAAAAUUCAUGUUACUUGGUUGAAGGUAUUUUAGCGACUUCCUGCGUGUCCACAACUGGUUUGUAUGUGGUGAGUUCCUCAGGUUUCACUUGCAACUCCUUAUUGGUUUUAACUCACAUGUCAUACUUUAGGAGUACAGUAAUUACAGGCUUUUCUGAAUACAUAACACAUUUUGGAUGUAAUGAAACAGUACAAUUGGUUAUCAAUAUUUGGCGUUCUCUGGCUUGUGAAAAAGAUCCACAGGUGGCUGGAGGAUGGGGGGGAAUGGAAAUGGUCAGUAUUUGGGCCGACAUAAAAUAUAUUGGAAUAAAACAAAAAUAAUCAAAUUAUUAAAAUGAAUAUCACUGUGUAAUAUUUAUUCAACUUGUAAUUUAUAUGUACUCUUUUAACCUUUGUCUUUUUUGUUAUGACAAAGCAUUUAUUUAAAUAAAGUUAUGUAUUCAUUUCUUCA